AUGAGUGAUCUUGAGAGACAUGAAGAUAUGAAAGUUUGUGUGUUUGAAAGCACAGUGUCUAAUCUUAAGAGGGUCAGUAUACCGUAUACAGAUGCCAAAAAUGAUGAAUGCAAAGUGUUCAAUAAGUUAAUGAUUGAAGACUGGCCACUUGUUCAAAGUUAUGCUUAUGAUAUUAAGCGUCAAUUAUCAAGAGAGUUUUUCACACUCUCUCGUGAGGUGAUUGAUGUAGGUGAUAAUCUUCACCAAUUGACAGAGAAAAUUGAUCCGGUGUUUAUUGAGUGUUUUGUGAGCAAGACAAUAAUAUCAUUCGCAAGCUCAUAUGAAUUCGCACUCCGUUCAAUAGAUUCAACUUAUCAAUUCACACAGUCAAAGGAACUGACUGAGAAGCAGAUUGAAGCACUUACAAGCAUAUACAAGUAUUCGAAAAAAGAAGAUAAUAAUCAUACAAAGAGAUGCAUUGAUCCACCUUUCUUGCUUUAUGGUGUGAAUACAAGCAAGGAUUGUUUAGAAUUUCCGGAAAAGUUUUCAGUUUUCACUCACAAAAACGACAAUACACACAUGAUUAUACAUGGAAGUGAACAAACCGUUGGAAUAUCUUGUGAACGAACAUAUUUCAUUCAAAAGUUAACAAAUUCAGAUGAUGAACAGAACACAUCAUUUAAAAUACUCGUUCGAAUUUACUUACAUUUACUAAAUGCAGUCGCCAUGUUAAUCAGUCAAAUCAAACAAACUCUAACAGAUUUAGAUAAGAUUGUAAUGAAAACAAAAAAAGAGGUUGAAAAGAAAAUAAAUUUUGUGAAGUAUGGUGAAAUUGACAUCAAAUUUGAAUAUGUUCGUGGGAAGCGUAGUGAAGCUGUACAUUUGGUAACCAUUAUGGAUAAUAAACCAUUAAUUAACAAUAACUCAAAGUCUGAAUUUGGUUAG